GCCCUGAGCGUGGGCCGCUGUCGUCGAGGUUAGCCAGAGUCCGGACUUGGCCAGCAAGACAGACUUUAAGCGCACUUCCCAAAGCCCCGUCGGGACCCAAGUGAGGUUGAGACCAGCGGGAACGGGGUGCCCCCGGCCGGCGAUCGUCCGCUGCGCACCUCCCCGCGGUGGCCGGGCAGGUCGGGCGAGUCCCUGUAGGUCUUCAGGCCCGCGGAGCACACACGCAGCCUGGGGGCAUCGACAAGUCUUAAAAGUCAUCUAAAAUUCCAGCUGUGUCAUGUUUUAAUGGAUUUAGCGAGGAUGUUGGGGAAGUUGCUCUGAGAUAGCCUAUGGAAACUAAAGAAGAAUUUGUUAGAGUCAGAAAGAAGGACCUGGACCGGCUGACAACCGAAGUGAUGCAGAUACGGGACUUCUUACCCAGAAUACUAAAUGGAGAUGUCUUGGAAAGCUUCCAGAAGUUAAAGAUUUUAGAAAAAAACCUGGAAAUGAAAGAGCAAGAAUUGGAGCAGCUAAAACUGGACUGUGAGCAUUUCAAAGCCCGCCUGGAAACUUUGCAGGCUGACAGUGGAAGGGAGAAGAAGGAGAAACUGGCUCUUCGACAGCAGCUGAAUGAAGCAAAGCAGCAGCUUUUGCAGCAGGCAGAAUACUGUACAGAAAUGGGAGCAGCUGCCUGCACCCUGCUGUGGGGUGUCUCCAGCAGUGAGGAGGUCGUCAAAGCCAUGUUGGGAGGAGAUAAAGCCUCAAAGUUUUUCAGCAUCACUGGCCAAACAAUGGAGAGUUUUGUGAAGUCUCUGGAUGGGGAUGUCAAGGAGCUUGAUUCUGAUGAGAACCAGUUUGUUUUUGCUUUGGCUGGAAUUGUAACAAAUGUUGCUGCCAUAGCCUGUGGUCGUGAGUUCUUGGUCAGUUCCAGUCAGGUGCUUUUGGAUACCAUAUUGCAGCUGCUGGGAGACUUGAAGCCAGGACAGUGCACCAAACUCAAAGUGUUAAUGCUAAUGUCCCUGUACAAUGUGAGCAUCAAUUUGAAAGGCUUAAAAUACAUCAGUGAGAGUCCUGGAUUCAUCCCUUUGCUGUGGUGGCUUUUGAGUGAUCCAGAUGCAGAAGUGUGUCUUCAUGCCCUGCGCCUUGUCCAGUCUGUAGUUCUGGAGCCAGAAGUCUUCUCCAAGUCAGCCUCUGAGUUCCAGCAUUCACUGCCCCUGCAGCGCAUUCUGGCCAUGUCCAAGAGCCGCAAUCCCCGCCUGCAGACUGCAGCCCAAGAGCUCCUGGAAGACCUCCGCACCCUGGAGCAUGGUGUAUAGUCCCUUCUCCUCCUCAGCUUCUUCACCUUGUGUUUAAAAUCAUCUCCCUGAACCA